AUGGACAUUUCAAGCGUGACCAAGGCGUUCCAAUCGGAGCGCCUUAUCUACCGCUCACCAGAAGAUAACGAUAAAGAUAAGGAAUUCUUCUUCAAGCAUGUUGAGAACGACCCCGUCGCAAAAGCCCUCGCAGACCCUUCCAUUCUUCGUCCCAGGAACAAAAAGGGCGUUGAAGACUUUUUAACAGAGCUUCAAAAGUCCUCUCUCCCGGUGGUCCUCUGCCUUUCCCCCGCCGAGGCCAAAAAACAAAACAUUGAGAGCGAUGAACCAGUUCCCAUCGGAUUUAUAUGUAUCGGCUGGGGCGGCAAACCCAAGAACAUGGAACACCAUCGCGCUACACAUAUCGGCAUCGAACAAGGGCUAUGGCGGGGAGAGUAUCAAUUGGGCGCUGGACUGGGCGUUUAG